AUGUCUUUUCAUCUUCGACUCGCCGCAACCGCACUUUUGGGCCUCCUUCCGCUCACAAACGCCGCCUACAAUCUCGCCAGAGAGUAUAAAGGGCAAAAUUUCUUCUCUGCAUGGGAUUAUUAUGGAAAAUAUGACAAUUUGACAAAUGGCGACGUUAUUUGGGUGAACCAAUCGGUCGCCGUCAGCAACCCUCAGCUCACCUACAUCAACUCUGCGGGGAAUGCAAUUAUCAAAGUCGAUGAUACGACGACAGUACCUUACAACGAAAAGCGCAACUCUGUCCGCUUGACCUCGCUCGACAAAUUCAACCUCGGGACCGUCAUGGUUUUCGACGCUCUCCAUGUUCCUUAUGGAUGCUCAGUUUGGGGUGCUCUCUGGAGUCAAGGAAUCAAUUGGCCGGCUGGGGGUGUAACCGUAAAUCUCAUGACCGCAAAUCAGAUGGCUCUACAUACCGAAUCGGGCUGUGCACAGGCUGACGGUGUGACCCAGACGGGGAUUACCCAGGUUAAGAACUGUGACAAUAACGGUAGUAAUGGUGCCGGCUGCACGGUUCUCGAUGCCAACACCAAUUCGUAUGGAGAACCGUUUGCGGCGGCUGGUGGCGGCGUGUGGGUCACCGAAUUUGCCAAGACUGGGAUCAACAUCUGGUUCUUCAGCCGUGCUAAUGUCCCUGCUUCGCUCUCUACUGACACCAUUGACGUUUCAACCUUUGGAACGCCGUCUGCCAGCUACCCUGCCUCGUCUUGCGACCCAGCCAAAUACUUUAGUGAGCAGCAAAUCGUCAUCGAUAUUACCCUAUGCGGUGAUUGGAGUGGUGUAAAGAGUGUGUUGGAGUCGACUUGCCCUGCCCUCAACGGUACCAACACAUGCUAUACGACCUACGUCUUGGAUCCCAAAAACUACGUCAACGCUUACUUUGAGCUGGCGUCAGUCAAGAUCUUUGCCUCUGAUCCCUCGGCCGUCGUCACCGCUGCCGGUGUGACACAAACCGUGUCCGCAACGGGUUCCCCACACCCAAACGCUGCCUCUGGCAUGGGCCCGACGGGGGCGGUCGCGUUUGGCGCUUUUGCGCUUACCGCGAUGCUCGGCCUGGUUCUGCAGUUUUAA